AUGGGUAAUUCUAAUUAGAAUAAGUAAAUAAUCUUACUGAGUGGAAAACUAAAAGAGAUGAAAUUGCUUGCAGAAAGGGGAGACUAUAUCAUUUAUGAACACAUUGAGAAAUAGAAAUAAUAUGAAUAUUGGGUAUGGAAAUCAGAAUAAAAUAAUUAUGAAGAAGCUGAAUUGACUGCUUAAGAUUUUAGAGAAUGUGAUUCAAUAACUAAAAUUUCUUAUCAAUCUAGAGGUUGUAUAACAGAAACAUUUAAAAAAGAAUAUAUAUUUGCUAUUUUAAUGGAACAUCCUACUUAUGAUUUAUAUGAAUAUCUAAAGAGAAAAUAAUAACUCAAUAAAAAGUAGAUAGUAAAUAUGGUUACAAAUAUCUUUGGUGCUUAAAGAGCAUUAAAAAACAGCUGUUAAUAUUUAGGAUUUCAUAAUAUCUAUACAAUGGAUGGUGAGAGUUGGAUGUUGAAGCCUUUUUAAAAAGUAAUUUCUUUUGUUACUAAUUCAAACAAAUUUGUAGGAUAUCCAGCUCCAGAAGAAUUUAAUUCAAUUUAGUAUAAUGUUGAAAAAGCUACUGUUUUUAGUUUUGGAAUGCUAAUGUUACAUUUGAUUUUGAGUAAAACAAAUAAGUUAUAAUUUUAGAUAAAAGAAUAGAGAAUGUGUAAGAAGUUUAUAAAGUUUAUUAAAGUAUUGAUGUAGAAGUUUUAGAUUAAAGAAUUCAAGAAUUAUAAUAAACCAAGGAUUAUGAAUAGGAUUUCAUAAGAAUAAUUAUUAGAAUGAUUGCUAUAGAUCCAAAUUAGAGACCAGAUUAUAGUGAAUUGGUAGAUUAAUUAACAAAUAAAAACAAUUGGUUGACAAUUUAAUAAAAAUCUACUUUAUCUUAAAUAUAAUUUAAAAGUUAAAAUAGUAAAAAUAGUGGAAUAAUAAAUGGAUUAAUAUCUGUUCCUUUAGAAAAGGAGGAAUAUAUGAUAAAAAUCUUGAAUUCUAAAGAAUUUAUUUAGAAUAUAGAUGAGGAUGAGAAGGAUUUAUUAGGUAUUAUUUAAAUAUAUUAUUAAAGAAUCCUCUUCAGAGAAUUCUACUGAAAGGAAUAUAAAUAAAUAUACUGUUAUUAAUUAUGAUUAAUUCAUAACUUUAGAUAAAGCAUUUGAUUACAAUGAUUUAACAAAUGUGAUGGAUUAUACAACUAGAUUUGAGGGAAAUAUUUAGAAUUCAAAGUAUUGAUUUAAUAAUAAAGAUAGAAAAAAUGGUCCAGGGACUCUAUAUUUAUCUAACAAUGAAGUAUUUUAAGGGAACUUUAUAAAUAACGUGAUCGAAGGUAAAGGUUAAUUCUUAACAAUUGAUAAACAUAUUGUAAGAGGUGUGUGGAAACAAUAUAAAUUAUCACAAUAGAAAUCAAUUUAAAAAUCGGAAUAAAUUUUUUCUUAGAAAUCAAUACAAAGUCCUGGAUGUUAAUUGAAAUUUGGACUUAACAGAAUUGGAUCUAAUUCUAUACCUGAAGAAAUAAUUGAUUAGAAAUAUAAUUCAAUUAGUGAAUAAACAACUCUAACAAAUGGUGUAAAAGAACAAACUAUAGAAAAAGCAUCAGUAUAGAGUAAAUAAAUAGUUUAUCAUUCAACUUAUGAUUAAAAUAAUCGUUUAUAAGGUGAUAAAUAUAUAGUAAUAAUAUUAGGUUAUGUAUAAGAUGAAUAAGGAAUGGUAAUGUAUGCAGGAUUAUUUCGUGGUGAUUAAUAUGAUGGAUAUGGUGUUUUGAAGAACUUUAAUUAUUAAAAUAUUAAUAUGAUAAAUCAUUUGGAUUUAAAUAAAUCAUUAAGAUAGAAUGCGUGGAUUAAAUAUGAUGGUGAAUUCAGAAACGGAAAGUAAAUGAUAAUUAUAAUAAUGUAGAAAACAUGGAAAAGGCAAAUUAUAUUUUAGUGAUAAGAGUGUUUACUAAGGGUAAUUUGAAGAGGAUUAAAUUUUUGGAGAGGGAGUAUUUACAAAUUCAUAAAAUUAAGUUAUAUAAGGUUAUUGGAUAGAUGGAUAAUAUUAAAAUCCAAUUAAAUGA